AUGAUCAAGAAGCUGCAGGCUCUGCUGGGGAAAUCAUUCAAGGCGUCGAGGUACAAAACGCUGUCGGAUCUGGUGAUCUCGAGGAUCGCGUACCUCGAGAGACAACACAAAGCACGCUGCUCCCAAGCCACAGACGACGUCGCUCAGCUCCUCGCCCAAGGCCACCUCGACCGCGCUCUCCUCCGUGUGGAACACGCGAUCAGGGAGCAGAACGUGCUGGAUUCAUACGCCAUGAUUGAGAACUACUGCCAUCUCAUCUCCGAGAGGCUCGUCGUCGUUGAAACCCAUUCCAAGGAAUGCCCCGAGGAGCUGAAAGAGGCGAUAUCGAGCUUGAUCUUUGCAGCGGCCAGGUGCGGGGAUUUACCUGAGCUGCAAGAGAUGAAGCGGCUGUUCACUUCCAGAUAUGGCAAGGAGUUUACAGCUCGUGCCACUGAGCUCCGCAAUCACUGUGGUGUUCAUCCUGGGAUGGCAAAUAAGCUGUCGACGAGGCAACCAAGUUUGGAGAGCAAAAUCAAAGCGCUGAAGGAAAUAGCUCCAAAGAGUGAACUCAUCCCUCAAAUAGAGGAAGCGCCCGUCUCCACAACAAACCCUAAACCAGCUGUAGCCAACCAUCAUCAUCAACUUCAGCCACCUAAAUCACUCAACACUCCUCCUCCACACCAUCCCAACAACAAGUACAAGGAUUUCGAGACGGCAGCCCACGCAGCGUUCGAGCUGUCGGCUCAGGCAGCCACCGCGGCUCGAGCUGCCAUGGAGCUGUCUCCUUAUGCAGUCACAGCUGCUAGAGCUGCAAUCGAGCUCUCGAGAUCCAGAUCUCACCACUACUACCAAGAUGAUCACGACACUAGCAGCUCAGAAUCGGAAAGUGAUGAAAAAAGCACCAAGCUUGAUUCUGCUACCAAUGGAAAAGUUGCAGAGUCACCCACAACCAUGGAUAAACAAAUUGUUUUAUAUGAGGCCUACGAGGAAGAAGAGGUUGAAAAUAAUCAGGAGCUACAUGGGAACAUACCAGCAGUACUAGAGCACCAUAACUUGGACCAAGAAAGUGGAGAAACCCUAAACUGGGAUGGGCUAAAAGUUUCAUCAGAUAUACACUCAAGCAAUUUGGAAAAGCAGUUACACGUUCCCCUAUCUAGGAGAGUGAGGAAGAACUCACAUUAA